AUGUCCGAUCCAACAGCCAAGCUCGAAAACUUUCUUAAAGCGCUGCUCAAGUCGCUCGACCUGCAGCCGCUCUCCGAGCAAUCUCCAGAGAUGUAUGCAAAUACGAUCCUGCCGCAGCUGCAGACCCCUUCCAGAGUCAUUAUUAACGGGACUCCAUAUGGCUCCAAGCAAGUGUUCCAACAAACCUGGGCUACCCUGCCUUCUACACAGCACCAAUUGCUCAGCUAUGACGCUCAUUUGAUUCCAACGGGACAGCCGCAAAGCAUAUACUCCAUUUUGGCGCGCGUCAGAGUGAGGUUCGACGAAUCAGGCCGUAACAGACUCGGCGACACGGCAGAUCUUGUGCCCGUCUCUAGGCCACCCAGACCAUUAUAUUCUCCAUGGUUCGGUGUCAGUUUGAAACUCAUUGCGGACGAGCAGUUGAACCAGACGUUUGAAUGCGAAUGCAUAAGCUCCUUCAACUAUAGAAUCACAGAAAAGCCAGAGUCCAGUGUCUUCACUCUCUAA